AUGGAUCCUACAGAUGACAGCGACGACGUGCGUCGCACAGAGCUGGAGGCGCUCGAGGCCAUCUUCCCGGAGCUGCGCCGGCCCGAGGGCGCCGAUUCGCCGUUUACCUUUGAGCUCGAGAUUCCUGUUGAGCUGGCCGAGCCCUUGACGGUCACCUUUCCGCCGGCUGGAAACGCCGUGGACGAGGACCAAGCAUCGCAGAACGCCCUGGCCGGCGCAGCAGCGGCAGCGGCGGCACCACCACCGCCGCACCUCGACUCACUGCAAGUCUCGCAUUUCCCGCCAAUCUCCAUACUCAUCAAACUUCCCGAUGGGUACCCGGAGUCGUGCCCCCCGCAGGUCACGCUAAAGACGACGCCGCAGUGGCUGCGCGACGACACGCUCUCCCGUCUGGAGGAGGAUGCGCCGCGGCUCUGGGAAGAAAUGGGGCGUGACAUGGUCGUGUACACCUACAUCGACCAUAUUCAGCACGGUGCUGAUGAUGUCUUUGGUACCAUUGGAGCCGACGGCACGCUCAUUGUUGAUUCAGAGCACAAGGUCGCCGUGCUGGAUUAUGAUAUCAAGGCAAAGAAAGCCGCCUUUGAAAAGGAAACAUUUGAAUGUGGAGUCUGCUUGGAUCCGAAAAAGGGUACAGCCUGCCACAGAAUGAAUGACUGCGGCCAUAUAUUCUGCGUCCAGUGUCUUUGUGACUUCUACGGAGAUGCCAUCAAAAGCGGCGAACUUCUCACAGUACGGUGCCUGGCGCCAAAUUGUGCCAAAGAACGAGCGUCCAAGAGCCUUGCGGAUGCAGCUGGUCGUCCAGCCAGGAAACCAAGGACCUUCAUAAGCCCCAGCGAACUGCUUCAGAUUGGUCUGUCCGAAGAGCUAGUCAAGCGAUAUGUCACUCUAAAGUACAAGACGGAGCUGGAGUCGGACAAGAACACCAUAUACUGCCCGCGACAGUGGUGCAACGGCGCCGCCCGCUCCAAGAAGCACAAGAAGCCCCAGGGCCUCGAACUCGUCGACGCAUCAGAUGACGACGAAGAUGACGAUACGGAGGUUGAAGAAAGUAGCAGCAAAAAGAAGGAAAAAGCUGCCGCCAAAGCCAAAUUCAACCCGGCCGACCUGUUGUGCGUAUGCGACGACUGCGGCUUUGCUUUUUGCAGCAGGUGCCUUCAGUCCUGGCAUGGCGAGUUUGUCCGCUGCACGGGAAAGAAGACGAAACAAGAACUCACGGACGAGGAGAAGGCCUCGAUGGCAUAUCUUGAGCUGCACACCUCGCCCUGUCCGACUUGCUCUGCCCCCGCGCAGAAGACACAUGGCUGCAACCACAUGGUCUGCUCGCGCUGCGACACGCACUUUUGCUAUCUCUGCUCCGCGUGGCUGGAUCCAAGCAAUCCAUACAAGCACUACAAUAUGCAGGCCACUGGCAAGGUGACUUCGUGCUACAUGCGCCUCUGGGAACUGGAAGGUGGUGAUGGCAAUGACGUGGGGCUUGGAUUCGGCGGCGGAGAGGGCCAAGCACCGAUCCCGGCACCCGCGCCAGCACCAGUACUAGAGGAGAUCAUCGUUCUGCCGGCUGAAGAGGAGGAGAGCGAAGACGAAGAAUCCGUUCUCGAUGAAAACGGUGCCAAUGGCGAUCACCCGCCGGAGCAGCCGCAGCCUGAGGAAAGACGGCCAGCGGUCGCGCGGGAAGCGCCCCUCGUUCUGCGGGUCAUGGAUGAUCCAGGCGCACGCCUGGCUAGAAAUGAAGCACCAGAUGCCGCCGCAGCGCCCGCCGCAAGAGAUGGACGUCGUGGCCGCGGUGGUCGCGGCGGCGGUGGCAACAAUAAUAACAUCAACAGAGGACCUCGAGGAGGUGCACGCGGAGGUGCGGCACGGGGUCGAGGACGAGGUGCCCCGGCCGCCGCGGGACGUGGUCGGGCCCGUCAGAACCAGCACGACGAGGGCCGCGCGAGACAGCAGCAAGCUCUACAGGACCGGCGGCAGCAAGACGAGGCGGCAGAGGAGGAAGUCAGGGAACUACUACAGGCGCAAGCUGAGCUGAACCCAGAGCAGCAGGCGUGGAUUCGCAGGUUCGUGGAGAUGGCGCUGGAGGAUGUCGAAGACGACAUGCACGGCGACUCGGACGAUGAUGAAUUUGGGUUUAUGAUGCGAUGA